AUGUACAUUCUGACUAUAAACUUUUAUGAUACACUAUGGUGGCUGAGUAUACCUAUAACAAAAUCCGCUUGGGGAUUUUUGACAGCUAUAUUAAACUAUUGCAGCCAUAUAAAUGCAUUUAUGAACUUAUUAUUUAUUUUUAUCUUAUGGUAUAUCGAUAAUAGAUUUGACGAAAUAAACAAGCAUAUGAAAUGUCUAUUGAUGAGAGAAGAAUACGGCUUCCAAUGUAUAAUAUUUAAGUGGAAAGGAGAAAACCUAUUGUUGGUCUACAUCGAUAUACUUUAUGUACUUACAAUUACAAGACAGUUAACAAAAUACAUGUCUUUUGAUAGGCAUCUUCAUUUAGAAUUAUGUCGCAUUGCUCGUGAGUUGAAUUCGAUAUUUGGAAUGCAAAUAACUUUCGAAAUGUUAUCCUACUUUGCAAGUAUAUCAACAAUGUGUUAUGCUUUAUUCGUGAUGUUAGUGCAGAAAGAUAAAUGA